CUGGACCCCCCUGCAGCCUCUCUCCUCCUCUCCUCUCCUCGCCGCGCGCUGCUCGAUGCGCACGGCACAACAGAUGGUACAGUACUACUAACUGCAGGAGCGCAAGUAUUUGGCUCGAAGUACUUUUAUACCUCCAAACUUCGCCGGAACGCUCAGAUUCGGGGGAAGUGUUGCGGUUCUCCGUGGUCACACUCGACUUCUCGACAGUCACUGGAUCUUGAAUUUAGAAGCGCUUUUUGCUGCCAAGAUUGGGUGUGGCCAUGCCAUUUGGCUGUUUAACGAUUGGGGAAAAGAAGGAAUAUCACAAUCCUUCGGAUGUGACAGAUAAAUAUGACCUGGGCCAGAUUGUUAAAUCGGAGGAGUUCUGUGAGAUCUUCAGGGCCAAGGAUAAAGCAACUAUGAAAAUGUACACAUGUAAAAAAUUCCUUAAAAAAGAUGGGAGAAAAGUACGCAAGGCAGCCAAAAAUGAGAUCCUUAUCUUGAAAAUGGUGAGACAUCCCAACAUCCUCCAACUGGUUGAUGCCUUCGAGACCAAAAAAGAGUACUUCCUCUUCCUUGAACUUGCAACAGGCAGAGAGGUGUUUGACUGGAUUCUGGAUCAAGGCUAUUACUCGGAGCGGGACACCAGCAAUGUAGUGAGGCAGGUGCUGGAGGCGGUGGCUUACCUUCACUCCCUGCACAUAGUUCACAGAAACCUAAAGUUGGAGAACUUGGUGUACUACAACCGUCUAAAGCACUCCAAAAUCGUCAUCAGUGACUUCCACCUGGCCAAGCUGGAGAACGGACUAAUCAAAGACCCCUGUGGAACACCUGAAUACCUGGCUCCUGAGGUGGUCGGCAGGCAGCGAUAUGGGAGACCUGUUGACUGCUGGGCAAUAGGUGUCAUCAUGUACAUACUUCUGUCCGGAAACCCUCCUUUCUAUGAUGAAACCGAUGAUGACGAUUAUGAAAACCAUGACAAGAAUCUGUUUCGAAAAAUCCUUGCAGGCGAUUAUGAGUUUGACUCUCCCUACUGGGAUGAAAUCUCUGAUUCAGCUAAGAACCUGGUUGCUCGUUUGAUGGAGGUGGAUCAAGACCAGAGGCUGACGGCCCAGGAGGCUAUAAACCAUGAAUGGAUCUCUGGUGGUGCAGCUUCAGAUAAGAACAUCAAAGAAAAUGUUUGUGCACAAAUUGAAAAGAACUUUGCCAGAGCUAAAUGGAAGAAAGCUGUGCGAGUCACCACCAUCAUGAAAAGACUAAGAGUCCCAGAGCACAGCGAGGCUAGGUCCACUGCUCCUUCAGCUGAGGUGCCUGCAGACCCCUCAGCUCCCCAGGCUUCCAAUGAUCCCUCUGCGCCGUCAUCUGCUGCCGUGCCAGAGGCUGCUCCCAGUCCCAACACAGAGCAACCCACUGGAGAGGAAAAGAGCCAACAGGCACCACCCGCAGAAUCAACGGGAGAAGCCUCAUCUGAGGAGCUGAACCCGGAACCACAGGCAGCUGAACCCACAUCCCGUUGCAAUGGGGAAGCUUCUGCUUUGCUUCACACAGCUGCGGAGGCAAUGGAUGAGCAGGGUUAAAGGCCCCCAUAGUAACCACCCCCCGUUGUGAACUCCCAUUUCCCACUGACUCCUGCACAUUGUACAUUAGCUGCUAGCAUGGUGACACUGACUGCUUCUUUUUAACUUGCAGCAUUAGUAUCAUCUCAUUCAGACUGUGUGCUACCUUUCCUGAGCGCUGCCUUGUGUUUUUCUAACAUGUACAGCACUUUCACAUUUUGGUAGAUUAUUAAACUGUGUCUCCUUAAACUUGAGCUUUAGGCUGAAAUAUAUCAGCCGUCAAGCUUUCGACUCACACAUGAAGCCUGCUUGUCUUUAAAACUAGUAAUGAGUGUAAAUAUAUACAUAAGACUCUAUUAAAAACUGUUUUGAUUACUGGUUAAUAGGCCGGCUAGAGAAAAUUGCAGAAAUGAUGCCCCGUAGGCAGCCAUUAUAAUCUGUAAGAGCGGAUUCAAACACACUGAGAAAGAAAAGACCUCACAAAACAUUAGAACCCCUUGGACCUUUAUAUCCUUAGAAUACCUUACUGUACAUUAUAUUGGGAUUUUAUUUGAUGGAUCAGCUCAGAUUGGGGCUUAAUUUUUAAAUGGAAGGGAGGUAUUGAAGUCUUCUAAGUGUUUUAUAAAAAAUAUCUGAAAAUGUACCCAUUUCCUUUUGUAGAAUUGCACCAGCUUAGUCAGAUCGACUAGAGAGCAUCUGGGAAGUUGAACCUUGGCUUGAGCUUUGGAUCAUAUCAGUCUUUAGCCGGUCUU